AUGAUAAAGAAAGAUGUUUACCGUACCUAUCCCGAUAAUAUCCGUUUCUCAAACAACAGCAGUAGUAAUGAUCAACAAGAUGAUACAGCAAAAAUAUCGUUAUGCCCAUCACUGUACCGUGUUUUAGCAGCUUUCAGUCAGUAUGCACCGGAUAUAGGUUAUUGUCAAUCUCUCAAUUUUUUAGUGGGAUUUUUGCUUCUGGUUUUCGACAAUGAAGAGGAAAAAGUAUUUUGGAUGUUGGUUACCAUUGUUCAAGACUACUUUCCCGCAAAGAUGUUUGAUAAGACCAUGGAAGGAGGGAACUUGGAGCAGAUGACAUUCAUGCUGUUAGUCUACGAGAAAAUGCCGGGAGUUUGGUCGAAGAUGUCCAAUAAAAAGUGUUUCUGGCAGUGUGAGGAGAAAGACGAAUUGCCUGCCAUCACUUUGGUGACUAAUCACUGGUUUUUGACCAUGUUCAUUAAUAUCUUACCUGUGGAAACAGUACUGCGAAUUUGGGAUUGUUUUUUUGUUGGUGAAGGCUUUACAAUACUCUAUCAAGUCGCAUUAACAAUAAUGAGACUUAACGAGCAACAAAUUCUGGCAAUAAACGAACCUACAGACAUAUUCCGAAUUUUGCAAAAUACACCCAAGCGAAUGAUCGACUGUGAUGAAUUUAUAAAGGUACUUUAUAAGCUGAAACGUGAAUUUUGA